AUGAGCAGUUCAGAGUCAACGAGUGCAGCCGGCUCGCCGCUCAUGAUCUCCAGAGCAUCGAGUCAGACUUCUCUGGAAAUUUUUGAUGACGAGACGGAUGCGCCAGUACGAAACAUCGUUUUCGUCGGCGCAGGCUACGUGGGAGGUCCGACAGCCGCAGUGAUCGCAAGCCAAUGUCCAAACAUACGGGUGACCGUGGUUGACAAGAGUCGAAACCGAAUCCAGCAAUGGCGAUCGAAACACCUCCCAAUCCACGAACCCGGCCUGAGCGACAUCGUUCGACUUGCUCGAGAUGGCUCCGCAUCGAGAGCUCCGAAUCUCUUCUUCUCCACCGACUGUGACGAACACAUCGCCGCAGCAGACAUCAUCUACCUUGCAGUGAACACUCCCACAAAGACCAAUGGCAUCGGCGCCGGAGCCGCGACCGACAUUUCGAUGUUUGAGUCGGCCGCAAGGUCCGUCGCUCUGGCCGCACAACCUGGGGCGAUCAUCGUCGAGAAGAGCACAGUGCCUUGUCGUACAGCGGACAUGGUCCGAGAGAUUCUGAACUUCCACCGACCUGGCGUCCCGUUCGAAGUGCUCUCGAAUCCGGAAUUCCUUGCAGAAGGCACGGCGAUCCAAGAUCUGAUCAAUCCAUCACGGGUCCUCAUUGGUUCCUCCACGACCACGUCCGGGCGUGCGGCUGCGGCGAGACUAGCAGAUGUCUAUGCCGGCUGGGUUCCGCGAGAGAAUAUCCUCACGAUAGAUGUGUGGUCGUCUGAGCUUGCCAAGCUCGUAGCGAAUGCCAUGCUGGCGCAAAGAAUCAGCAGCAUCAACAGCAUUAGUGCCAUUUGCGAGAAGACGGGAGCAAACGUCAGCAAUGUGGCCAAGGCGGUUGGCUUGGAUGCGAGACUGGGGCCCAAGUUCCUGCAAGCCGGUCUCGGGUUUGGAGGCUCGUGUUUCAAGAAAGACAUCCUCAGCUUGGCGUAUCUCGCCGAGACGUUGGAGUUGCCGGAAGUGUCGCAAUACUGGAGAUCGGUCAUCGAGAUCAACGAAUGGCAAUGUUGCAGAUUCGUCCGGUCGGUGGUGAGAAAGCUCAAUGGCAGCUUGCGGGGGAAGAAGGUGGCUGUCCUGGGCUAUGCGUUCAAGAAAGACACAGCAGAUACCCGAGAGUCCCAAGCCACGGAGGUCGUCCGAAUGCUCUGCGCCGAAUGUCCGUCCGAGAUCGCCAUCUACGAUCCGCAAUGCGACAAGACUCAUGUGGAAGCUGAGCUGGCUGGCCUCUUCUCUGCCAGCACAUCAUCACCAGCACUGAAGCCGAACGGUCCCGUUUCCGUCUGCGACAGUCCAUACGAAGCCUGUGCCGCAGCGACGGCCGUUCUCAUCUUGACGGAGUGGGAUCAAUUCAGGUAUCCCUCGGUGUCCCCACUACAACCUGUCAGACCAAAAUUGCACGACUUCGACUCUGGUUACAAUUCCGAUUCAACCAUGACGGGCGAGGUCCCCACCCUCCAAACAUUCCAAGCCAACAAUCCUCUUGUCAUGUCGUGUGACAACACCAAUCCCGAACCUGCAUGCCCAGGGGAAUGCAAGGAUUGCAUGCUCGAAGUUCACGGCGGUGUGGGUGCAAGAGAUCCUAUCGACUGGCCCACUGUUGCACGACUCAUGCAUGGAGAGCGAUAUCUUUUCGAUGGCCGGGGGGUUGUUGAUCCGGAGAAGAUGGAGGAAGAGGUGGGAUUCCGGGUGGAAACAAUUGGCAGAGCGCGUUCGAGGUAG